GCACUGACUAUCACCAUCCGUAGUACUGAAUCUACUGAUAGAGCCCAAAGAUGAUUGGAGAUGUAUCUCCAACCUUACCUCGCACCCCAACGCCGAAUAAUAUCGUCGAAUCAAACUCUGGCUUGACCAUCCCCGAACCCAGAGACGGAUUUUAUGGUUAUACCGACGAAAAGAGCCUCCAACAAAUGGAGGAGCAGAAAUGGACACAACGUCGCACCUCUGAUGUUGCGCUUCCUCAGCCUGAUGGUUCAUCACUCUCUGGCAGUUUCAAGUUGUCUUCCAUCCGUGAAGCACUUCAAACUCAAAGCACCGAAGAGUCACAUCCGUCACCUUUCUCUGAUGAUGACGAUAAAAAGCAUGUGUUGGAUGCUCAGCACCAGAUGAACGCCAUGAUUACUCCGGAGCUUGCACAUGUUGUUCAGUCUUUUCAGAGAUGCCUUGAGCUUCGCGACAAAUAUAUCACAAAAUCUCUGCAGAGGCUGGGAGAUAACCCCAGAGACCACGACGGUGUUUUCCAUGGCGUGGCUGAGGGCCUCGCGGACGUUUCUGCGGUCAAGCCCGAUGCUAACCUAUCUUUGGCUGCAUCCCCGAAAAGCCCUCACGAGCCUUGGGCUAUAUAUCCGAAACCUCCUCCUCCUCACUGGCGCUUUACUGCGAAAGAAAAAGUCAUUAGCGCAGAUGAUCGCGUUACACCGGAUCACCAAUUCAAUUUCUCUCAAUGUGAAAUACCUAGUAGUCAUGAGUGGGAGUUCGAAAUAGACGAUAAAGGCGUGUAUCAAGUAUACACGAACGCUGAAGAAGAAAACAAGAAACCGCUCUUCGAUAUACCCACUAUCAGAGAGUACUUUGUUGAUCUAGACUAUGUCCUCAGUGUUAUCUCUGAUGGUCCCGCGAAAAGUAUAGCAUACCGUAGGCUCAAGUAUCUCGCAAGCAAAUUUGAGAUGUAUAGUCUCUUAAACGAGUUUCAAGAAUUAGCAGACAUGAAGAGCGUGCCGCACAGGGACUUCUACAAUGUUCGCAAGGUGGACACUCAUGUCCAUCUAGCAAGUUGCAUGAACCAGAAGCACCUCUUGCGGUUUAUCAAGUCGAAGAUGAAACGCAGUCCUCAUGAUGUCGUUAUCUUCCGUGACGGGACAGACCUGACGCUGGAGCAGGUGUUUCAAUCGCUCAAGCUGAGCGCAUACGAUUUAUCCAUCAACACGCUCGAUAUGCAUGCCCACCAAGAUUCCUUCCACCGGUUCGAUAAAUUUAACCUGAAGUACAAUCCAAUCGGCGAGUCCAGGCUAAGAGAGAUUUUCCUCAAAAUAGAUAAUAAAAUAGAUGGUAGAUACUUCGCCGAGAUCACCAGAGAGGUCAUGAAUGAUGUGGAGCAAAGUAAAUACCAGAACUGCGAGUGGCGUGUCAGUAUUUACGGUAGAUCCGUUGACGAGUGGGAUAAGCUCGCGAAAUGGAUCAUCAACAAUGAUCUAUUCUCGCAUAAUGUUCGCUGGCUCAUUCAAGUUCCUCGACUGUAUCAAGUGUACAAGGAGACUGGUGCAGUCAAAACAUUCGAAGAAAUUGUUAUCAAUGUCUUCCGCCCACUCUUUGAGGUCACAAAAGAUCCUCAGUCGCACCCCGAGCUUCAUGUCUUCUUGCAACGAGUCGUCGGCUUCGACAGCGUGGAUGACGAGUCUAAGGCGGAACGUCGGUUCCACCGCAAAUUCCCUUUUCCUCGUCUCUGGGACUCCAAUCAAAAUCCUCCGUUCUCUUAUUGGAUGUACUACAUGUAUGCAAACAUGGCCAGCUUGAACCACUGGCGAAAGGCACGAGGGUUCAACACGUUCGUGUUUCGACCUCAUGCUGGCGAAGCAGGAGACACGGAUCACCUGACCGCGGCCUUUCUCACAUCUCACUCGAUUUCCCAUGGGAUUUUACUCCGCAAGGUUCCCGCGCUGCAGUACUUAUUCUACCUGAAACAAAUUGGGCUGGCUAUGAGCCCCUUGAGCAACAAUGCACUGUUCCUGACCUAUGAGCGCAACCCACUUCCAGACUUUUUCAAAGUCGGGUUAAAUGUGAGUUUGAGCACUGACGAUCCGUUGCAAUUCCAUUUUACAAAGGAACCACUGCUAGAAGAGUACAGUGUCGCAGCUCAUGUAAGAUGUUCAGCAUUCGCCAACUUUAUAUUUACUAGUGACUGACCUGCUACGUGACAGAUCUAUAAGCUUCCUCAAAGCUCGCUAGCUGAGCUCGCUCGCAACUCUGUAAUUCAAAGUGGUUUUGAGAUGGAAAUUAAAAGGCACUGGCUCGGUCAAGAAUGGUACAUGCCGGGCGCUGCAGGCAAUGACAUCCACAAGACAAACGUGCCAAAUCUUCGCCUAGCAUAUCGGCACCGCACGUUGCUUGAGGAGCUUGCGAUGAUCAGGGCGCAGCACUCCACAUAGUCAAGAGCCCGAUCGGGCAUUAUUCGGUGAUGUUGGCGUUCGAAGCAUACCCCACCUUGUCUCAACAAGUAUAGCUGUGCCUUACCAGGGUUCCAGAUAUGGCAUGCUUUGACUUGAACAUGGGAUAGGCGUGAUGUGGGGGGCUGAU